CAGCUGAUCAUCGCUGUUCCCCUCGCCGAGAGCCUCUUGUCGUCUAUAUAAACACUGGCAAUCCCCAGAGUUUGGAACUUGAUUUCCUUCUCUUCAGCAACACCCUCACAGUCAAGAGAAAUACAGUGCAAAUCAAACCCACAACAAAACCUCAUCACCACAACACCAGUUGUUCCCCACCGCAAUGGAUACCAUCAAGAACACCGUUGACUACGUCAAGGAGUCCAUCUCCGGCGCCGGCGCCACUGCCUCCAAGGAGGCCAACAAGAAUGUCGCCAAAGACAGCAAUGCCGACAUCACCACUCGUGCUCAGGCAGCCGGCGAUGCCCUCUCAGACAAGCUUGAUGAGCAGAAACACGACCGCAAGGCCGAUGUCCACAAGGAGGCCGCCAAGCACUAGAUUCUCGCAGACAAGAGAGCAUGAUGAGAUACGAAUCAAUUGGAGCUAGGAGGAAAGCACAAGCGGACGUCGAGAUACCCCAACAGGCCUCGAACCGAGGCAUGAAAUGGUCAACCACUUAGCAUCCUCAAAUAGUUUGAAUGGACAAUAUGUUAACACAAGA